UCCUGCAGCAUCAGGCAGCAUGACCUCACAGCGAUGGAUGCUGGCAUUUUGCUAUUUUUUGGCCUCAGUUUUUGGCACAGGGGAAACCGUCACCACAACAGAUACUCAGAAAUACACUUGCAGGACAUUUGGCAGCGGGGUCGUCCAGCCUUUCAAUGGGUCAAGUUUCUAUGUUCCAUCCAACUGCCCGUUCACACUCACACGCUUCACCCACAACCGGGUGGGAUGUGAUCUCAUCAUACGGCGAGGGGACAACGGGCUGUUGGUCCAAGUGGAGAUCCUCAUCAACAAAGUCAGGACAGUUGUGCAGAAUGGAAGCAUCCUGGUGGAGGACAAAAGUGUUUCCCUUCCAUACGACCACACCUACCAGCAUAUCUUUCAUUACGGCAUCUACACUAGACUGAGGAGCUCGCUGCUUCCUCUAUCUGUCACCUGGCACAAUGUACCUGGAGGAAUAGACACUGUGUGGGUGGAGCUGGAGCAAGAGCUGAGCACCGAGAUGUCUGGACUGUGUGGAAAACACAACGCCCCAGGCAACAAGCAGCAGUUGAUCACAGAGAGCGUGCUUGCUGAGGACACAUGUCAAACCCGAGAUCCUGUCUCCGCUAUAAAUCCAGUAUGCAGAGAGUUCUUUUCCUACACUUUGGAUUGUCUGCAAGCCAGGACGCCUCACUAUAUCCAACUCUGUGAAGAGAACAUUUACAACCAUGAAACAAGCAAAUACAUCGGCUGUGCUUUCUUCAAAGAAGUUGUACAACAGUGUGGAGACAGAAGCUAUGCCUGGCACGUGUGGAGAACUAUAACCAAAUGUGUGGAACCGGGUUGUCCAGGAGACCUGGUUUAUGUAGAACAGGGUCCGGCCUUUGUUCCCUGCUGCUCCAACCCGAACCCCAUAUCCUCCAACCAGGAACUCACCAGCUCCUGUGUCUGUUCGGAGGGUGAAGUGCUUAAUGAUCGCGCGGAUGGCUAUCACUGUGUCAGCGUGUCCAGCUGCUCUUGUGUGUUUGCUGGCAAGAGCUAUUCAACCGGAGACGUACGAAGCACCAAGUGUCAGUCAUGUUUGUGUGACAGUGGGAAAUGGCUAUGCUCAGAGAACCUCUGCCCUCCCAGAUGUCUCAUCGAAGGCCAGUUUGUGACAACAUUCGAUGGCAAACAAUAUGCCAUCCCUGGCAAAUGUACAUAUGUGGCUUCACAGGGUCUCAACUGGACAAUAGUAAUAGUGUUUUCUGAAAAGGCACCCUCUCUGACAACAGUUAUUCUUCAGCUUUUUCAGGAAACGUAUAUAUUCUUACAGAACAUGGUUAAAUUCAGAGGAGAGGAGAUCACUGAACUUCAUCAGUCUGAUCAUGCUCUGGUUUUUUGGCGGUCCUCCAUGUUCGUCCAGGUCCACACAUCCUUUGGUAUGAAUUUCCAAGUCCAGUUGUAUCCUGAAAUCCAGCUGUACAUCACCCCACCCAGAAACGACACUGGCAUGAUCUCAGGUCUUUGUGGCAACAGCAACAAUGACACCACAGAUGACUUCACCACCAGCAGCGGGAUCAUCGAGAACUCAGCUCAACCAUUCACUCAGUCCUGGAGUGUGGGUGAUUGUGAAGUGAACAUACCCAAGACCUGCAUCAACACUGACAAUGAGAUAUAUGCUGAAGGAAAGUGCUCUGUGUUGAACGACCCAACGGGGAUAUUUGCUAAGUGUCACGGUCAUAUCCCAACUGAUCACUACCACACGGCUUGCAUCCAAAGAACAUGUAACUGUGGCAGCAGUCUGCAGCAGUGCUUCUGUGUUGCACUUGGCAGCUAUGCCAAAGCCUGCGCCAGUCUGGGUGUUGCAAUCGGUGACUGGAGGAAAGCCACAAACUGCACUCCGAAAUGUCAGAAGAACCAAGAAUUCUCCUACAACACGCAAGCCUGCAACCACACCUGCCGUUCUCUGUCUGGCCCUGACCUUCGCUGUUGGCUGGACGACGAUCCUGUGGAGGGCUGUGGCUGUCCGGACGGAACUCACCUGAACCAAGGACAAAUCUGUACCCCAAAGUCAGCGUGUGUUUGUCAAUAUCAUGGCGGUACAACAGCCCCGGGGUCUGUCGUUAUCGACGGACGACAGUGCAUCUGCGAGAAUGGAGAGCUGCACUGUUCUAAGGAUUGUGGGUGCAGAAAUGGGAAGGUUUGUGUUCAUUGCUCCGAGAACCCAGUUAACACAGCUCAGAAGACCUGUGACUACAUUAGCAAACCAACGGGUGCCAAUAUGACCUGUGAGAGUGGCUGUUACUGCCCACAUGACCAGUAUGAGGACCAUAAUGGAAACUGUGUUUCUCUGGACAACUGCACCUGUGUGUACAGUGGCAAAGUAUUCAGUGCAGGACAGCACGUCAAAACCAACUGUAAAACAUGUAUCUGUGGUCAGGGUCAGUGGCACUGCAAAGACGAGCCUUGCCCUAAGCAGUGUCAAGUUUACGGAAACGGACACUUCCAGACCUUUGACUCCAAAUGGUACCGCUUUGGUGGACAAUGUCAGUACACACUUGUAGAGGAUGACUGUGGAAAUAGAAACGGCUCCUUUUCUGUCAGAGUGGAGAGCGUCCCCUGCUGUGAUGAGGCGCUCACCUGCUCUCGCUCCAUCAUCCUCGACCUUCAGGAGGAAGUCACCCUGACACUGAGCGACAUGAAGGUGACCAGACGCCUCCAUAAAGGCUGGACUCCGCAGGUAGAUUCACUUUACUCCACACACACUUUGGGACUCUACAUCGUAAUCUCAGUGCCAAGCAAAGGAAUAACUCUCAUCUGGGACAAACACACCCGGAUCACCAUAGAGCUGCAAGCAAACUGGAGGAACCAAGUUUGCGGCCUCUGUGGAAAUUUUGACUCCAAUGAGAUGAAUGACCUACUGAUAAGUGGCUCAGCAGUGGUGUCCAAUCCCAUGGCAUUUGGCAACAGCUGGAAAGCCACCACACCUCCAUGCUCUGAUGUGACCACUGAGAUAUUUCCAUGUGAACGCAACUCCUACUGCUCAGCCUGGGCCCAGCGGCGCUGUAUGAUCAUUACAGGAGACACAUUCAAUGAAUGCCACUUAAAAGUGGAUCCAGAUCCCUACUACCACGCCUGUGUACAGGAGUCCUGCUCCUGUGAGUUUGAAGGGAAGUUCCUUGGCUUCUGCACAGCUGUGGCAGCCUACGCAGAGGCUUGCAGCGACCAGGAUGUGUGUGUAAAAUGGAGGACACCUGAUUUGUGUCCGGUCUACUGUGACUACUACAACGAGCUGGGGCAGUGUAGCUGGCACUAUGAAGCCUGCGGUGAGAUGCUAAGCUGCAGCAAAGACAACUACAUCACUCACAAGCUGGAAGGCUGCUACCCCAGAUGUUCAAAGGAGGAGCCAUACUAUGAUGAAAAUACUGGUGAAUGCACUAAAUUGAGAAACUGCACCUGUUAUUUUAAUGACACUAUCAUUCAACCUCGGGCAGUGGUAAUGAUACAGUCCAUUGAGUGCCGCUGUGAAAAUGGAACAAUAAACUGCCCACCUCCCUUUCCUCCAUCCACCACCACACCUGCCACCAAUCCUACAUCAUCCACCACCUCUACACCAACAACUACAACUUCCUCAACUACGGCUGAAACAUGGUCAACUAAGCCACCCACCACCUCUUCACCAAUGACAACCAUUACCAAUGUCUCAACUACUACUGAAAAUUGGUCAACUGUGCUUUCCACCACCUCUACACCAACAACUACAACUUCCUCAACUACGGCUGAAACAUGGUCAACUAAGCCACCCACCACCUCUUCACCAAUGACAACCAUUACCAAUGUAUCAACUACUACUGAAAAUUGGUCAACUGUGCUCUCCACCACCUCUCCACCAACAACUACAACUUCCUCAACUACGGCUGAAACAUGGUCAACUAAACCACCCACCACCUCUUCACCAAUGACAACCAUUAACAAUGUCUCAACUACUACUGAAAAUUGGUCAACUGUGCUCUCCACCACCUCUCCACCAACAACUACAACUUCCUUAACUACGGCUGAAACAUGGUCAACUAAACCACCCACCACCUCUUCACCAAUGACGACCAUUAACAAUGUCUCAACUACUACUGAAAAUUGGUCAACUGUGCUCUCCACCACCUCUCCACCAACAACUACAACUUCCUUAACUACGGCUGAAACAUGGUCAACUAAACCACCCACCACCUCUUCACCAAUGACGACCAUUAACAAUGUCUCAACUACUACUGAAAAUUGGUCAACUGUGCUCUCCACCACCUCUCCACCAACAACUACAACUUCCUUAACUACGGCUGAAACAUGGUCAACUAAGCCACCCACCACCUCUUCACCAAUGACGACCAUUACCAAUGUCUCAACUACUACUGAAAAUUGGUCAACUGUGCUCUCCACCAACUAUUCACCAACAACUACAACCACAACUGUAUCCUCAGUACCCCCUACAGAAAUGACUAACGCAACUCAAGUCACUACUAGCUCACCCAACACAACUGGAAUGAGCACAAGUCCUUCAAUGACAACUGCUGCCUCAACCCAGCUUACAAUGAUAACUAAUAACACUGCAUCAACCACAGUACAGACGACCGAAACAGAGUUACCUACAUUUGAACCUACUAGCACAGUGCUAACCACUACUACUUUAUUCACCAGCAAUUCAACAACAUGGACAACAGAAUCAAAACCCACAGUUACGCCAACAGAAACCUUCUCAACACAACCAACAACAACGCAUAGUCAGCCAACAGCAACAACACUUCAAUCAACCCAUGCUACAUCAACUGAAUCCUCUGGUACAACUGCAGUAGUCGUCACAUCUAACCUUUACACAAAUUCAACCACUCAAACCAAUGCCAGAGUCUUAGAAGCAACAACGUCUGAAUUCACGACGAUGCCACCAACAACAAAUACCACUGAGAUUUCAAGCUCAACCAAGGUGUGUGAGUGUAUAGACCUGAAGAGGAGAAAACGCUGGGGUUGCGGGGAGAUGUGGACAGAGGACUGCUUCCAUAAGACCUGUGCAGGUGGGAAGAUAGAGUUGAAUUCAGUGGUUUGUCCGGAGUCUACAAUUCCCAACUGCCCCAGAGACCAGUACACAAAAGUCUCGGAUGGAUGCUGUGAAACAUGGAAGUGUGACUGUCGCUGUGAGCUAUAUGGGGACCCCCACUACAUCUCUUUUCAAGGUGUAAACUUUGACUUCCUGGACGAAUGCACCUACAUCCUGGUGGAGGAGCGGUCACCACGUCAUGAUCUGACCAUUGCUGUGGAAAACGUAGACUGUAUAGCAGGCCUCCCAGGCUCCUGUGUUAAAAGCAUCAUCUUGAAAUAUCAGAACAAUAUAGCCACACUCAGUAUCCUUUCAGAUGUGUUUGAAGUACAGGCCAUUCUGAACAAUGUGACCAUAGAGCCGCCAUAUGAGGAGCAUGGGUUUAGGUUUGAGACCACAAUGUACACAGUGGCGAUCUACCUCCCAGAGAUCCGCUCUUAUGUCUCCCUAAGUCCGUCCUAUACCCUGGUGGUCAGUCUGGCCAUGGAGCACUUCCUCAACAACACCCAGGGACAAUGUGGUGUAUGUGGUGUUGGAUCAUGUAUCCGUAAAGGAGGGCAGAUGGAGGAAGACAGCUGUUGUGAUAAGACAGCUUAUGACUGGGUGUAUGAAGAUCCAGAUAAACCUUCCUGUGCUUCUGCACCGAGGGACAUACUUUGUUACACAUCCACCACAGAACCCCCUUCCACAACCACUUCCAAGCCUUGCCCUGCGAGCCGUCUAUGUGAGCUGCUAGACCACCAAGUCUUUUCAAAUUGCAGCAAGUACGUGAAUUUGAAACUUAAAAAGAAGAACUGUGAGUUUGAUUCAUGCAGGAGUGGUCCUUGCUCUUCACUAGAGCAAGCUGCUACGGAAUGCAGGAUUAAUGGUGUCUGUGUUGACUGGAGAGCACUGACUGAUGGAAGCUGCAAUGUGACUUGUGCAGAUGGAUUGGUUUACAGCGAAUGUCGUGACAAGCUAGAUGACUUCUGCUAUGGAGGAAUGCUUUAUCAAGGAGGCUCCCUGGACCGCAACAGAGAAGGCUGUUUUUGUCCCAGCGGCCUCAUCAAGGCAGGAAACCACUCAAACAUCUGUGUGUCGGAAUGUUCCUAUUGUAAAGGACCGAUCGGUGAGCCCAAACUGCCUGGUGAGAUGUGGAGGUCCGGCUGUUACCUGUGUACAUGUAACAACCAGACUCGCACAGAGGAGUGUGUUCUUAAACCUGAGCCAGCUCCGAUCUGUAGCUCCAAGUCUAUACUGGUAAACAGCCCUUGCUGUAAAGCGAUUUGUGUUGAGAAGACAUGCAUUUAUCAUGAACAAACAUACCAGGUAGGAGACAGAUGGAUGGAUGCCGCCCAUCCCUGCACUUCAUUCAAUUGCAGCAAAGAGGGUAUUCAGACUGAGACUAGAGUCUGUCCCAGUGACAUGUGUCCCGAGGAGGACAGAAUUUGGGACGACCAACACUGCUGCUUUUCAUGUAACCAGAGCUGUUAUCCGAAGAUGACCGCUAUCAACGUUACAUUAGACAACUGUACCACCGUCGUUCAGAUGCCUGUGUGUCAGGGCCAAUGUCUGUCUCCGCCCAGGGUCGUGUUACACGGUGACCUGCAGGUGACGCAGAAGAGCAAUUGCUGUAAGGCUCAGAGCUCAGAGAAGAGACAAGUGACCCUGCAGUGCCUCGAACGCAAGACCCUGGACUACACCUACAAGCACAUCACCAGCUGUGAGUGCAAAGGCUGUAACAUGAGCUGAAAAGUCUUGGCUGCACAGACCGGAGCCAAGAAUAAGCUUUUUCAUCACGUUUCCUUUAUUACAUUUUCACAACAAAAUCUAAUGUAUUCAAAUUGAAUUGCUUAUAAAUGUAUAUCCCUCACUUUAUUUCUUUGUUUAGGGCAAUUGCUUAAUCUGCUUUAGAUCAAAUAAACUAAAACAUUGUCUACUUGCC